AUGGACCUCGUCAGCCAGCUGCGAACCUCCCUCGCCGCUCAAUCCCUUCCACCCGCGUCCACCAGCUUCCUCACCACCCUCAUCUCAGCGCGCACGCCGCCCCCGCCCCCGGCCUCGCUGCUCGCCACGGCCAAGGCGCGCCUCCUAGCCUGCGACCUAACCCAGAGCACUGGCGGCAUUCUCGACGCCGACGCCAUGGCCGCCCUUCCCGCCGACGUGGGCAGCGCGCGCGCCGAGAAGCGCACGCUGCCGCGCGACGUCCACGUGCAGGUGCUCGACGUGGAGAAUCUGAGCCUGUCGCGCUGGGAGCAGGUCGAGGAGCUGGAGUCGGUGGAGCGCGGGGAGCGGAGGCAGGGCCGCGAGGUGAUUCGCGUCACGGCUGAGGAAGGGGAGGAGGAGGAGGGAGAUGGCAGCAGCAGAGCCACGGGGACGCAGGGUAGGGGAGCAGGUGGCGCACAGCAAGUGACGGCGGCAAAGAAUGCGGUGCAUAGGCUGGUGCUGCAGGACUGCAAGGGACAGUCGGUGUACGCGGUCGAGAUGAAGCGCAUGGACAGGAUCGGGAUAGGCAAGACGAGUAUCGGUGAAAAGAUGCUGCUGAGGGCGGGCUCCGUGGUGGCUAGGGGCUCGGUGCUGCUGACGCCGGACAAGACGGUGUUUCUGGGAGGCAAGGUUGAGAGUUGGCACGAGGCGUGGACGAGUGGGAGACUGGCGAGGUUAAAGGCUGCGGUGGGAGCGGACAGGCCACAAUGA